GCCCCGCACCGAGGCCGCGGCGCACUGGGCGCCCCUGCGCAUGCGCGGUGGGCGCGGCCGGACCAUGGGCAGGCGGCGAGCGGGGCCCAGCGUGGCCCGGGAGAUUGAUGGAUUGGAGGAGAAGCUGGCACGCUGCAGACAAAGCAUGGAAGAGGUGGACCUGAAGCUGCGCAAGGAGAAGCUUAGCCCUGAAGGAAGAAAGUCACUGGAGAGAGAGCGAAACUUACUAAUGACCAAAGCUGACAACUAUGAGAAAGAACUGAGUGUGCUUCGUAAGGAAAAUCGCAAGAAUGCUGCCCUUGCUGUGGCCGUGGCAUUGCUGAUAGCUCUUAUUUACGCCUGCUGGACAAUGUGAUUGCACUCAAGAAUUCUCCGUGCUGAACAAAUGACUCCUGCAAGGAGCUCUUCCUCCUCUCACCGUUGUGCCUCCCCCAAGGGUGAGGAUCAGCAUUUCAAAUUACUGUUCUUGUUUAUAGUCUCCAAGCCUUGUUGUAGGGAAGAUUUUUCUCUGCAAAUUGAGGAGGACAGGAGACAAACCAGAAAUCACAGCACACUUGCGCUUGGAAAUCAGGUCAAGCAGAGCUCAAGGUGGUGCCAUCUUAGCCAAAACACAGUCAGGACCAUGCAGCCUGAUCCAGGAAGGCAAUACAUUCUCCCUUUUGAAGAGGACCUUUGUGAUUACAGAGUGCUUUCUGCCCAGCCCAGGUGGAAUACACACCUUGGCUCCUGUGACACAGUCAUAAACUGAAGGGACCAAGCUCUCGAUGCAAAAGGUAAUCUGUAGGUAUUGCAAUUCUGUGUAUUCCCAGAGCUGAGCUAAAGAUGCUUCCUCCUCUACCCUGACUUCCAGGACCAAAGGAAUCCUACAUCCACAAAAGCAGAUGGGAUGUAGGUAUCUCUGCAAGCAGGGAGCAUCCAUAUUGAGAUAUGGGUGCUUGGGCUGUGAGAUGAUCUGCCUACCUCUCCAGUGCAUCAGAGCUUGGUAGCCAUUUUGUGCCUUUGAGAAUCAGCAUUUGCAGAAGGCAAUUUACUAUCAGCCCCCAGAGAUGAAAGUGCUUCUGUAGAGCUUUAAAUAAAAUAAUUUGACCUUUUAAUUUCCUGUUUUGUUUAUUUGGUGGGUUUUUUUUCCCUGUUCUGUCCCGUUUCUCAGCCACUGCUUUAUUCUCACCCUACUAUUUCCUUACUGGCACAAAUUGCACUAUGGUAAGCCUAGACUAAGUCAGGCACUUAAGCCCCUGGUCAGUGAGCUCUCA